UCCGAACACUUGCCUCGGAUUGACUUUAAUAUAUAAUUGCUCCAGUGAAUAACUAAAAAAAAAGAAGGGUGGUAGUAUAGUAAAGAAAAGAACUAAUCACAAUAUCUAUCUUUCAAAAUCUAUCUUUCAAAAUCUAUCUUUCAAAGAUUCACUAAAAAAAAAGACAGUUGGCGGGUCUCUUUGUAUGUCUUGUCCGGAAAGAGGAGGAGUUAAUGAUUAUUCGUUCGCCGGAACCAGAAGUAAAAAUUGUUGUGGAUAGGGAUCCUGUAAAAACAUCUUUUGAGGAAUGGGCGAGACCCGGCCAUUUCUCAAGAACACUAGCUAAGGGCCCUGAUACUACCACUUGGAUCUGGAACCUACAUGCUGAUGCUCACGAUUUCGAUAGUCAUACUGGUGAUUUGGAGGAGAUUUCUAGAAAAGUUUUUAGUGCUCAUUUCGGGCAACUUUCCAUUAUCUUUCUUUGGUUGAGUGGCAUGUACUUUCAUGGUGCCCGUUUUUCCAAUUAUGAAGCAUGGCUAAGUGAUCCUACUCACAUUGGACCCAGUGCUCAGGUAGUUUGGCCUAUAGUAGGGCAAGAAAUAUUGAAUGGUGAUGUAGGUGGGGGUUUCCGAGGAAUCCAAAUAACCUCUGGUUUUUUUCAGCUUUGGCGAGCAUCUGGAAUAACUAGUGAAUUACAACUCUAUUGUACUGCAAUUGGUGCAUUGGUUUUUGCAGCGUUAAUGCUUUUUGCUGGUUGGUUCCAUUAUCACAAAGCCGCUCCCAAAUUGGCCUGGUUCCAAGAUGUAGAAUCCAUGUUGAAUCACCACUUAGCGGGAUUAUUAGGACUUGGGUCUCUUUCUUGGGCGGGACACCAAAUUCAUGUAUCUUUACCAAUUAACCAAUUUCUUGACGCUGGGGUGGAUCCUAAAGAGAUACCACUUCCUCAUGAAUUUAUCUUGAAUCGGGACCUUUUGGCUCAACUUUAUCCUAGUUUUGCCGAAGGAGCAACCCCUUUUUUCACUUUAAAUUGGUCCAAAUACGCAGAAUUUCUGACUUUUCGUGGAGGACUAGAUCCAGUAACCGGUGGUCUCUGGCUGACCGAUAUUGCACACCAUCAUUUAGCUAUUGCUAUUCUUUUCCUAAUCGCAGGUCAUAUGUAUAGGACCAACUGGGGUAUUGGCCAUGGACUUAAAGAUAUUUUGGAGGCUCACAAGGGCCCAUUUACAGGACAAGGCCAUAAGGGUCUUUAUGAAAUCUUAACAACGUCAUGGCAUGCUCAAUUAUCUCUUAACCUAGCUAUGCUAGGCUCUACAACCAUUGUUGUAGCUCAUCAUAUGUAUUCUAUGCCUCCCUAUCCAUACCUAGCUACUGACUAUGGUACACAACUUUCCUUGUUCACACACCACAUGUGGAUUGGCGGAUUUCUAAUAGUCGGUGCUGCUGCACAUGCAGCAAUUUUUAUGGUAAGAGACUAUGAUCCAACUACUCGAUACAACGAUCUAUUAGAUCGCGUCCUUAGACACCGCGAUGCAAUCAUAUCCCACCUUAACUGGGUAUGUAUAUUUCUAGGUUUUCACAGUUUUGGCUUGUACAUUCAUAAUGAUACCAUGAGUGCUUUAGGCCGUCCACAAGAUAUGUUUUCGGAUACCGCCAUACAAUUACAACCUAUCUUUGCUCAAUGGGUACAAAAUAUCCAUGCUACUGCGCCUGGCGUAACAGCUCCUGGUGCAACAACAAGUACUAGCUUAACGUGGGGAGGCGGCGAGUUAGUAGCAGUAGGUGGCAAAGUGGCUUUGUUACCGAUUCCAUUAGGAACCGCAGAUUUUUUAGUCCAUCACAUUCAUGCAUUUACCAUACAUGUGACUGUAUUAAUACUUUUGAAAGGUGUUUUAUUUGCUCGGAGUUCCCGUUUGAUACCCGAUAAAGCAAAUCUAGGUUUUCGCUUUCCUUGCGAUGGGCCUGGCCGAGGGGGAACAUGUCAAGUAUCUGCUUGGGAUCAUGUUUUCUUAGGUUUAUUCUGGAUGUACAAUGCAAUUUCGGUAGUCAUUUUCCAUUUCAGUUGGAAAAUGCAGUCGGAUGUUUGGGGUACCAUAAGUGAUCAAGGGGUGGUAACUCAUAUUACAGGGGGAAACUUUGCACAGAGUUCCAUUACGAUUAAUGGGUGGCUUCGAGAUUUCUUGUGGGCACAGGCAUCGCAAGUCAUUCAGUCUUAUGGUUCUUCAUUAUCUGCAUAUGGUCUUUUUUUCUUAGGUGCUCAUUUUGUCUGGGCCUUCAGUUUAAUGUUUUUAUUCAGCGGCCGUGGUUAUUGGCAAGAACUCAUUGAAUCUAUCGUUUGGGCUCAUAACAAAUUAAAAGUUGCUCCUGCUACUCAGCCUAGAGCCUUGAGCAUUAUACAAGGACGUGCUGUAGGAGUAACCCAUUACCUUCUGGGUGGAAUUGCCACGACAUGGGCAUUCUUCUUAGCGAGAAUUAUUGCAGUAGGAUAGUGGCUAGGAGGAUUUGAAAGGCAUUAUGGAAUUAAGAUUUCCCAGGUUUAGCCAAGGCUUAGCUCAGGACCCCACUACUCGUCGUAUUUGGUUUGGUAUUGCUACCGCACAUGAUUUCGAAAGUCAUGAUGAUAUUACUGAAGAACGUCUUUAUCAGAACAUUUUUGCUUCUCACUUUGGGCAAUUAGCAAUAAUCUUUCUAUGGACGUCCGGAAAUCUGUUUCAUGUAGCUUGGCAAGGAAAUUUUGAAUCAUGGAUACAGGAUCCUUUACACGUAAGACCUAUUGCUCAUGCGAUUUGGGAUCCUCAUUUUGGUCAACCCGCUGUGGAAGCCUUUACUCGAGGAGGUGCUGCUGGUCCAGUGAAUAUUGCUUAUUCUGGGGUUUAUCAGUGGUGGUAUACAAUAGGAUUACGCACCAAUGAAGAUCUUUAUACUGGAGCUCUUUUUCUAUUAUUUCUUUCUACGCUGUCCUUAAUAGCGAGUUGGUUACAUCUACAACCCAAAUGGAAACCAAGCCUUUCGUGGUUCAAAAACGCGGAAUCUCGUCUCAAUCAUCAUUUGUCAGGACUUUUCGGGGUAAGUUCUUUGGCUUGGACAGGACAUUUAGUUCAUGUUGCUAUUCCCGCAUCCAGGGGGGAGUACGUUCGAUGGAAUAAUUUCUUAGAUGUAUUACCCUAUCCCCAGGGGUUGGGACCCCUUUUGACGGGUCAGUGGAAUCUUUAUGCCCAAAACCCUGAUUCGAGUAAUCAUUUAUUUGGUACCGCUCAAGGAGCGGGAACUGCCAUUCUAACUCUUCUUGGGGGAUUCCAUCCACAAACACAAAGUUUGUGGCUGACUGAUAUGGCUCACCAUCAUUUAGCUAUUGCAUUUAUUUUUCUCAUUGCCGGUCACAUGUAUCGAACUAACUUCGGAAUUGGGCACAGUAUUAAAGAUCUUUUAGAAGCGCAUACUCCUCCGGGGGGUCGAUUAGGGCGUGGGCAUAAGGGCCUUUAUGACACAAUCAACAAUUCGAUUCAUUUUCAGUUAGGUCUUGCUCUAGCUUCUUUAGGGGUUAUUACUUCCUUAGUAGCUCAACAUAUGUACUCUUUACCUCCUUAUGCAUUCAUAGCACAAGACUUUACUACUCAAGCUGCUUUAUAUACUCAUCACCAAUAUAUUGCGGGGUUCAUCAUGACAGGGGCUUUUGCUCAUGGAGCUAUUUUUUUCAUUAGGGAUUACAAUCCGGAACAGAAUGAGGAUAAUGUAUUGGCAAGAAUGUUAGACCAUAAAGAAGCUAUCAUAUCUCAUUUAAGUUGGGCUAGCCUCUUUCUAGGAUUCCAUACCUUGGGCCUUUAUGUUCAUAACGACGUCAUGCUUGCUUUUGGUACUCCAGAAAAGCAAAUCUUGAUCGAACCUAUAUUUGCCCAAUGGAUACAAUCUGCUCAUGGCAAGACGACAUAUGGGUUCGAUAUACUCUUAUCUUCAACGAAUGGCCCCGCUUUCAAUGCGGGUCGAAGCCUAUGGUUGCCCGGAUGGUUGAAUGCUGUUAAUGAGAAUAGUAAUUCGCUUUUCUUAACAAUAGGACCUGGGGAUUUCUUGGUUCAUCAUGCUAUUGCUCUAGGUUUGCAUACAACUACAUUGAUUUUAGUAAAGGGCGCUUUAGACGCACGCGGUUCCAAAUUAAUGCCGGAUAAAAAGGAUUUUGGGUAUAGUUUUCCUUGUGACGGCCCAGGGCGCGGCGGUACUUGUGAUAUUUCUGCUUGGGACGCAUUUUAUUUGGCAGUUUUCUGGAUGUUAAAUACCAUUGGGUGGGUUACUUUUUAUUGGCAUUGGAAACAUAUCACAUUAUGGCAGGGCAACGUUUCACAAUUUAAUGAAUCCUCCACUUAUUUGAUGGGAUGGUUAAGAGAUUACCUAUGGUUAAACUCUUCACAACUUAUCAAUGGAUAUAAUCCUUUUGGGAUGAAUAGUUUAUCGGUAUGGGCUUGGAUGUUCUUAUUUGGACAUCUUGUUUGGGCUACUGGAUUUAUGUUCUUAAUUUCUUGGCGGGGGUAUUGGCAGGAAUUAAUUGAGACUUUAGCAUGGGCUCAUGAACGCACACCUUUAGCUAAUUUAAUUCGCUGGAGAGAUAAGCCUGUGGCUCUUUCCAUUGUGCAAGCAAGAUUGGUUGGAUUAGCUCACUUUUCCGUGGGUUAUAUAUUCACUUAUGCAGCUUUCUUGAUUGCCUCAACAUCAGGCAAGUUUGGUUAAUUUAGUUUGUUUUUUUGUACUGUAUCAGCACCUAGUUCAUUACUCUUGAUAGAGAGGGAGGAUCCGCCUUCUUAAAUUUCUUUUUCUAUUUAUUUUUCCAUCUAGGAUUAGAACCGUAUACUUGAUAAUAAUAGCAACGGCACAUUAUGGCAAAAAAGAGUUUGAUUCAGAGGGAGAAGAAGCGGCAGAAAUUAGAACAGAAAUAUCAUUUGAUUCGUCAAUCUUUAAAAAAAAAGAUAAGAAGCAAAGUUUCUCCCUUGAGUUUGAGUGAAAAAACGAAAAUGCGAGAAAAAUUGCAAUCCCUACCGCGUAAUAGUGCACCUACACGCCUUCAUCGACGUUGUUUUUUGACCGGAAGACCUAGAGCUAACUAUCGACAUUUUGGGCUAUCCGGACACGUACUUCGAGAAAUGGUUUAUGAAUGUUUAUUACCGGGUGCAACAAGAUCCAGUUGGUAAGGAUAAAAUACCCUUUCGUAUUUGUAUGGAUUUCUGGAAUUGAUAAUCAUAGAGGAGCCCUCUUUACCAUUCUGUAUAAAUGGACUAUUCUAUUUGUAUAGAUAUGGUAGAGGGACGUAUCGAACCCUCUUUUAUCCACUAGUUACCCCUCUUUAGUUUAAGAGUAUAGAGCAGUUUGGUAGCUCAUAAGUCUCAUAACCUUGGGGUUGCGGGUUCGAUUCCCACUACCGGCCCCAUACUCCUUCUUUAAUGAUAUAUGCAUGAUAUAUACAUCAUCCAUUUGUAUCUGGAUUUUUUGAUUUCCUAAAAGAGUUUUGGUCUAACAGUUUUUUCUCGGAAGAAGACAACAAAUAAAAGAAAGAAUAAAAGAAAGAAUAAAAUACGAAA